GCGCGACGGCGGGAACCGGAAGCCGCACGUGGGGGCCGGGCGGCACGUGGCGCCCGGUGCUCCCCACCCCCCGCCCGGUAUGGAGCGGCGGCGCGCGCCCGCUGACAGCCGCCGGUACGGGCAGCGCCGGUUCUGGGACGAGCGGUACCGGCGGGAGGGCGCCGAGCCCCGCGAGUGGCUGGGGGGGCUCUCCCGCUUCCUCCCGCAGCUGCAGCCCGAGCUGCGCCCCGGCGACCGCAUCCUCGUCCUCGGCUGCGGCAACAGCGCCCUGAGCCACGACCUGCACCAGCUGGGCUACCCCGACGUCACCAGCAUCGACUUCUCCCCCGCCUGCAUCGCCGCCAUGCGCGCCCGCUACGCCCACUGCCCCGGUCUGUGCUGGGCCGUCAUGGACAUCCGCGCCCUCGCCUUCCCCGACGCCGCCUUCGACGUGGUGCUGGAGAAGGGCACCCUCGACGUGCUGAUGGUGGAGGAGGCCGACCCCUGGCACGUCUCGCCCCGGGCGGCCGCCGCGAUGCACCGGGUGCUGGCAGAGGUGAGCCGGGUGCUGCGCCCGGGGGGCUGCUUCAUCUCCAUCACCUUCGCCCAGCCCCACUUCCGCAAGCCCCACUACGCCCAGGAGGCCUUCGGCUGGUCCCUGCGCCACGUCGCCUGCGGGGACGGGGAUGGGGGUGCCGGCGCCUUCCACUACUUCCUCUACGUCAUGCGCAAGGGGCAGCCCCUGGACCCCGCCGACCUGGCCCUGGGGCGCCGGCUGCACCAGCCCCCCCCGGCCCCCGCCCCGCUGCCGCCCCCCGCGCCCCCGGACGACGACGAGGACUAUCUUCUCGCCAUCCAGCUGUGACGCGGGGCUGGGGGGGGGGGGGCCUUCCCUGGCCUCCCCCCACCCGAUAGAGCCUUAAGCUGCUGCACCCUCGUGGGUGGGGGACAUCCCCCCCGCCACGCUGCCCGGUGAUGGGAGAAAAGGGGGACAUGGACAUUUGUCCCGGGAGAGCAGCGGGAUGCUCCAAAGAGCGGGUGAUGCUGUGCCCCCCCCGCCUCCCCCCGGCCCUUUGCUCGCCUGGCUGGAGAGCAGCCAGGGCUCCGGGCUUUGCGGCCGGUAAUGAAACCAAAUCGGGUUUAAUUCCACCCAUCCAUCUUGUGGGGAGCGGCCCCCUGUGCCCCCGCCUGGCCCCGGCACAGCUGGGCUGGGGGCAGCAUGGGGGGUGCUGGCACUGGCUGCAGGGGGCAGCAUGGGGGGUGCCCACUGCCCCCCAGUCCCACACCGGGACGCCUCGGACGUGGGGGUGUGCAAGGGCAACGCGUCCUUGUCACCCCGGGCCACACGUGUGUCGGGCUGGUGGCAGCCGUGCCACCGUGUGCCAGCGGGGCUGGAUGGGGACACGGGGGUGCCAGCGUGGGGGCGGCUGCCGGGUGUGUUCCCAGGGGUUGUUCCCAGGCACCAAACCCCCCCCCCCGGGGUGGUCGACGGAGGGGACCCCUCCUCGGAGGGACAGGGGUGACAUGUCGGAGAGACGCAAGCCGCCGGGCUGCUAUUUCUGGCAAAAGGCGUAAGUGGGUCAGCCAGUGGCCCCCCCCGCGCUGGGAGCCAGCGAAGGACUUGGGGUCAGCUCUGUCACCCCCCCAGCCCCGGGGGCACCCCGAAAACGAGCCGGCGCCAAGGGGGGACGGAAAGGAGCAGGCGGCUGCGGGCCUCGCCUCGGUACAUGAAUGUAUUUUAUUCAUCGCAUUUUGUUCACCAGUACAGUGAAAAAUGGCAUUUAAAUUUACAAUGGAUCAUUCGUAGAACAUCAUGACACAAGUAUCUUUUUUUUUUUCCUUUUUUUUGUUUUUUUUUUUUCUCAGUUUUGUUUUUUUUUUUUUUGUUUGGUGUUUUUUUGUUGUGUUUCUUUUUUGCGUCGUCGUCUCCAUAAAUGCCACUCGUAGGUUAUUGAAAAAGAUGACGAGUUUCUCAUGCACAUCAGACCCCCCCGAGAAGCUUCUUAAAAAAUAAAAUUAAAUUAAAGUACAAAAUUAAAAACAAC